AUGGUGGUUACUGGCUAUGCUGAAGAUAAAAAGCCGUUAUUUGUUCAGUUUGCUUUGGGAAACAUUUGGACUGUCUACGAUGCCGUGCUGGUUAAAAAUCAGUGGCUUCCAUUAGCAGCUGCAGUCCUUGGUAUGGUGGUUAGAGUGUUGCCUAGUCCUAGAGGAUUGAGUAGGGAUAGACUGGAGAAGCUGAUGUGUGCUGGUAAUAGGAAGAUUGACUCGUAUCCAAUAGAAACACAAGAACUGGUUGACAUCUUGGCUACAGAUAAUAUAUUUGAAUUAACUAACAAUGCUGGUUUAUCUCCAUUGUAUUAUGCUAGUAAAGCAGGUCAUAUUGAUAUAGUGACACGAGCUAUUUCAAAAUAUGAUCAAUUCAGUAUUGAUAAUAUCAUUAAGUGUAUAAACAAUGCUGCUAGUUGGCAAAUUAUUCAAUUAUUAUUAAUGAAAAUAUCACUCAAAGAUAUGAUGGAUACGUGUAAUAAACAUGAACACACUCAACACCUCCUAAGGCUCUUUCCAAUGGAUAAUGAAUACUUUCAGUUACGUGAUGAAAGGACAACUGUACUUCACUUAGCAGCUACAUCAGAGGAUAUAGAAUACUUCACUACUAUUGUUAGUUUAGGCUUUGAUUUAAACAGUUUAGAUAGUGAUGGCUACACUCCUCUACACAGAGCUAUUGAAUAUGGUUGUGUAUCAAUAGCUAAAUAUCUUAUUAAUCAACCCAACUGCCUUUGUGAAACAUUAACUAAAAAUAACAAUACAACUCCAUUACAUAAUGCUGUAGGUGAAUUAGGUAACCUAUUAUUAGUACAGGGUCUGGUGGAAAGAGGUGUGGAUUUUAAUAUUAGUGACUAUAAUGGUGUAACUGCAUUGCAUUAUUCUUGUUGUUGGGGUCACUUAUCAAUUGUAGAGUAUUUGACAUCUCUUCCUCAAAUUAAUUAUACAAGAGAUACUAGGGGUAGAACAAGUAUUCAUUUUGCAGCGGAAUUUGGGCAAGAACAUGUUGUCAAGUACCUUGUUGAAUCAUGCAAUCAUGAUAUUAAUGUAGAGGAUAAGUAUGGCAAUACUCCACUGUAUAUGGCAUAUAAUAUUGAAGAAAUGGUAAAGCCAGAGCCUGAAGUCCCUCCUCAUCAGUUCCUGGCAUUCUCUCGUGUGUUUAGUGGAACACUGAGAAAAGGUCAAAAACUAUUUGUACUACAGCCUCGCUACGACCCCACCCUAACCUCAAAACCUCUCCUUUAA